CGCGUCUCUUGUAGCAUUGUUAAAAGCGGAGAGAGAACGAGCGUGUGUUCUGUAGGACAUUGGAGUGCGCCGGCUGGUUAUCUGGUCAAACAUAACACCGGCAGGGUACAUGCCAACCGUGUACCCCCUCAACCGCAGCCUGCAUACAGUUAUUCCAAUUCGUCUAUAUAUUCACCUAUACAUAUCUAUUUACUGAAUCAAUUUGGUGUGUGUCUGACUGGGGACGGGGCUCAGCGAUGCCAGCGAUGAAACACGGCGGCGCGAGGCUCAAUCAGUGAAUUUGACUCUCCGUUUCAUUACUGUAACUAACAGACGGAUUAUUUUGCGGCGUCUUCUGUUAGACAGAAAUCCAGCCUUGGACUUGGGGGUGAAGGGUGAACACAGGGGACCAGCCAUCAUGGCCAAUGCUUCCACCGACCUGGACAACGCAGAGGCCCAGCGGCAGCUGAACAACAACAACCGGCCGGCCAGCGGCACCCGGCCGUGCUGGGACACGGACAGCACCAGCGCCAAGCUGUUUGAGUGCUCCCGGAUCAAGGCCCUCGCAGACGAGAGGGACGCGGUCCAAAAGAAGACCUUCACCAAGUGGGUCAACUCCCACCUGUCCCGCGUCUCCUGCCGCAUCGGGGACCUAUACAACGACCUGCGGGACGGCUACAUGCUCACCAGGCUGCUGGAGGUCCUGUCUGGAGAACUGCUGCCCAGACCCACGAGAGGCCGCAUGCGGAUCCACUGCCUGGAGAACGUGGACAAAGCCCUGCAGUUCCUCAAGGAGCAGAGGGUCCAUCUGGAGAACGUGGGCUCCCACGACAUCGUCGAUGGCAACCACCGUCUCACCCUGGGCCUCAUCUGGACCAUCAUCCUUCGCUUCCAGAUCCAGGUGAUCAGGAUUGAGACGGAAGACAACAGAGAGACACGCUCAGCCAAGGAUGCCCUCCUCCUCUGGUGUCAGAUGAAAACUGCAGGGUACUCAGAGGUCAACAUUCAGAACUUCACCACCUGCUGGAAAGAUGGCCUGGCCUUCAACGCCCUCAUACACAGACACAGGCCUGAUCUCAUCGAGUUCCACAAGCUUACCAAAUCCAACGCCACGCACAACCUCCAACAGGCCUUCAACAUCGCAGAGCAGAACCUGGGGCUCACCAAACUCCUGGACCCCGAAGAUGUGAACACGGAGAACCCGGAUGAGAAGUCCAUCAUUACCUAUGUUGUGUCCUUCUAUCAUUAUUUCUCCAAAAUGAAGGCCCUGGCAGUGGAAGGGAAGAGGAUAGGAAAGGUCUUGGACAACGCCAUCGAGGCGGAGAAGAUCAUCGAGCGCUACGAGGCCCUGGCCUCCGAGCUGCUGGAGUGGAUUGAGAAGACCAUCGGCAUCAUCAGCAACCAGAAGUUCGCCAACUCCCUGACUGGGGUGCAGCAGCAGCUCCAGGCUUUCACCACCUACUGCACCAUUGAGAAGCCCAUCAAGUUCCAGGAGAAGGGGAAUCUGGAGGUCCUCCUCUUCACGAUCCAAAGCAAACUCCGAGCCAACAACCAGAAGCCAUACAUGCCCCAGGAAGGGAAGCUCAUCUCCGACAUUAACAAGGCCUGGGAAAGGCUGGAGAAGGCGGAGCAUGAGAGAGGCGUGGCUCUAAGAACAGAGCUGAUUCGCCAGGAGAAGUUAGAGCUCCUUGCCCAACGCUUCGACCACAAGACGACCAUGAGGCAGGCCUGGCUGAACGAGAACCAGCGGCUCGUGUCUCAGGACAACUUUGGCUACGACCUGCCUGCGGUGGAGGCGGCCAUGAAGAAGCACGAGGCCAUCGAGGCGGACAUCUCCUCGUACGAGGACCGCGUGAACGUGGUGGUGGAGCUGGCUGGGGAGAUGGAGGCCGAGGGGUACUACGACAUCCGACGCAUCUCCGCUCGCAAGGAGAACAUCCUGGGCCAGUGGGGCCUGCUGAAGGAGCUGGUGGUGGCCCGCAAGGCCCGCCUGGAGAAGAACUUGUCCCUGCAGAAGACCUUUCAGGAGAUGGUCUACAUGAUCGACUGGAUGGAGGACAUGCAGGUUCAGCUCCUGUCCAAAGAUUUUGGGAAGCAUCUCCUGGAGGUGGACGACCUCCUCCAGAAGCACAGCCUGCAGGAGGCGGACAUCUCCGUCCAGGCGGAGAGGGUCCAGACUCUCAACACGGCUGCCCUCAAGUUCACUACCAUUGAAGGCUACCAGCCCUGUGACCCCCAGGUGAUCUGUAACCGGGUCAACCACGUCAGCACCUGCCUGGAGGAGCUGAAGCAGCUGGCGGGCAAGCGGCGGACGGAGCUGGAGGAGUCGCGGCAGCUCUGGGCCUUCUUCCAGGAGGUGGAGGAGGCCGAGGCCUGGAUCCGGGAGAAGACCUCCAUCCUGGCCACCCAGACCUUCGGCAAGGACCUGAGCAGCGUGCUGCGGCUCCUGCAGAAGCACAAGACCCUGGCGGGCGAGUUGCUGGCCCGCCGCUCCCUGCUGCAGCAGACCAUGAAGAAGGGCAAGCAGAUCCUCACCCAGAAGUGCUUCGGGACCAGCCACAUCCAGGAGCGCAUCAUGGAGGUGAAGGGCGAGUGGAAGCACCUGGAGGACCAGGCCGGCCAGCGCCUCAGCAACCUGCAGGAGGCGCUCAACUUCUUCCAGUUCAACGUGGAGACGGACGACCUGCUGGCCUGGCUGCAGGACACCUACCGGCUGGUGUCCAGCGAGGACUUUGGGCACGACGAGUACUCGACGCAGUCGCUGCUGAAGAAGCACAGGGGCGUGUGCGAGAGCAUCGAGAAGCACCGGGUGCACGUGGUGGCGCUGCGCAAGCACAUGGUGGGGCUGACGCUGCGCUACCGCGAGCUGGACGAGGUGCAGGCGCGCAUGGCCGAGGCCGAGCAGCUCUACACCGAGGUGGCCGAGGUCUCCGUCCUGCGGCAGCAGUGGCUGCACGACGCGCUGGCCGUCUACCGCAUGUUCAGCGAGGUCAACGCCUGCGAGGUGUGGAUCGACGAGAAGGAGCAGUGGCUGGAGAAGAUGGAGAUCCCCGAAGGGCUGGAGGACGCGGAGGUGGUGGCUCACAGGUUUGAGAGUCUGGACCAGGAGAUGAACAGCCUCAUGGGAAGGAUCCUGGACGUCAAUCAGAUCGUUCAGCAGCUGCUGGACGGGGGCCACCCCAGUUCCACGGAGGUGCGGAGCUGCCAGGACCACCUGAACGGCAGGUGGAACUGCAUAGUUCAGCUGGUGGAGCAGAAGAAGGAUCACCUGGACUCCAUCAUGAGAAUCCAGAACUACCUGCUGGAGUGCAAUGAGAUCAAGUCCCAGAUCCAGGAGAAGCGCAAGGCCAUCGACGCCACGCAGUACGCGGGCAGCGACCUGGGCGGGGUCCUGGCGCUCCAGCGCCGCCUCUCCACCAUGGAGGGGGCGCUGGGGGUGCUGGAGCCCAAACUGCUGCACCUCCAGCAGGAGGCGGAGGAGCUGGCCACGGCCCACCCGGGCCAGGCUGUGGAGGUGCUGGUGCAGUUCGAGGGGAUCAGCGUGGAGUGGGAGGAGCUCCGGCGGACGCUGCAGGGCUGCGAGGACUCGCUGACGGUGGCCGGGCGCCUCCAGCAGUUCAUCCAGGACCUGGACGCCUUCCUGACCUGGCUGGUGCAGACCCAGACGGCCGUGGCCUCCGAGGAGCUGCCCAACGCCCUGGAGGACGCCGAGCGCCUCAUCAACCGCCACGCGGCCCUGAAGGAGGAGAUCGGGCGCUACGAGGAGGACUACGAGCGGCUGCAGGCCAUCAACGAGCUGCUGGAGACGGAGGAGGCGCCGCUGCCCUACAUGGCCCUCCAGCAGUGGCUGCAGAAGCUGGACGUGGGCUGGAACAAGCUGCUGGAGAUGUGGGAGAGCCGCAGGGAGGUGCUGGUGCAGGCGCACAUCUUCCACCUCUUCCUGCGCGACGUCAAGCAGGCCGAGGCCUUCCUCAACAACCAGGAGUCCGCCCUGGCCCAUGUGGAGUUGCCCACUACCGUGGAAACAGUAGAGGGCGCCAUCAAGAAGCACAAGGACUUCACCACCACCAUGGAGAUCAACCUGCACCGCAUCAAGGCCGUCAUCGAGGCAGGGGAAAGCCUCAUCAGCCAGGCUAAUAUCUACUCAGACCGCAUCCAGGAGCGAGUGGACACGCUCGUCAACAGGAGCGCCCAGAACAGAAGCCUGGCUCAGCAGUGGCUCGACAGACUGAAUGACCAGUGGGAGCUGCAGAGGUUCCUGCAGGACUGCCAUGAGCUGGGCGACUGGGUGGCGGAGAAGAUGCUCAUGGCUCAGGACAGCUCCCGGGACGAGGGGCAGAAGCUGCAUAAGAAGUGGCUGAAGCACCAGGCCUUCAUGGCCGAGCUGGCGCAGAACAAAGAGUGGCUGGACAAGAUCGAGAAGGAGGGCCAGCAGCUGAUCCAGGAGAAGCCGGAGCUGAGCUCUGUGGUGCGGCAGAAGCUGGGGGAGAUUCGGGAAUGCUGGAUGGACCUGGAGAGCACCACCCAGGCCAAGGCCCGACAGCUCUUCCAGGCCAACAGGGCGGACCUGCUGGUGCAGAGCUACACCAGCCUGGACCAGCAGCUGUCCCAGCUGGAGGACCAGCUCUCCACUGUGGACCAUGGCCAGGACCUGGCCAGCGUUAACAAGCAACUGAAGAAGCUCCAGACCAUGGAGUCCCAGAUGGAGGUGUGGUACAAGGAGGUGGGCGAGCUGCAGGCCCAGGCAGCCUCCAUCCCCCAGCAGGGCCUGGUGCGGGAGGCCGUGGGGGAGAGGCAGGCCGUGGUGGAGACGCGCAUCGUGCGCCUCAUCGAGCCGCUCAAGGAGAGGCGCCGCAUCCUGCUCGCCUCCAAGGAGGUGCACCAGGUCAGCCGCGACCUGGAGGACGAAAUCUUGUGGGUGCAGGAGCGCCUCCCCAUCGCCACCACCAGGGAGUACGGGAGCACCCUGCAGGAAGUGCAGCAGCUGAUGAAGAAGAACCAGAGUUUGCAGCGUGAGCUGCAGGGCCACCGGGCGCGGGUGGAGGACGUGCUGGAGCGGGCGGGGCUGAUCGCGUCCAUCCGCAGCCCGGAGGCGGACUGCGUGCGGGGGGGCCUGGAGCAGCUGCGGCAUCUGUGGGAGGCGCUGCGGGCGGAGACGGAGCAGCGGCAGCUGGUGCUGGACGCCAUGUACCAGGCGCAGCAGUACUACUUCGACGUGGCCGAGGUGGAGGCCUGGCUCAGCGAGCAGGAGCUGCACAUGAUGAACGAGGAGAGAGGCAAGGAUGAGCCCAGCACCCUUCAACUGCUGAAGAAGCACCUGGUGCUGGAGCAGACGAUUGAAGACUACGCAGAGACGAUAGGCCUCCUCUCCCAGCAGUGCCGGCAGCUACUGGAGAUGGGCCACCCAGACAGCGAGCAGAUCAGUAAGAGGCAGUCGCAGAUCGACCGGCUCUACGUGUCGCUGAAGGACCUGGUGGAGGAGUGCAAGUCCAGGCUGGAGCAGCAGUACUGGCUCUACCAGCUCAACCGGGAGGUGGACGAGCUGGAGCAGUGGAUUGCCGAGCGCGAGGUGGUGGCCAGCUCCCCCGAGCUGGGGCAGGACUACGAGCACGUCACGAUUUUGCAGGAGAAGUUCACGGAGUUCGCCUCGGACACGGGGUCCGUGGGCCAGGAGCGGGUGACGGCGGUUAACCAGAUGGUGGACGAGCUCAUCGACUACGGGCACGCGGACGCGGCCACCAUCGCCGAGUGGAAGGACGGGGUGAACGAGGCCUGGGCGGACCUGAUGGAGCUCAUGGAGACGCGGGCGCAGAUGCUGGCCGCUUCGCACCAGCUCCACAAGUUCUUCUCCGACUGCCGGGAGGUCCUGGCGCAGAUUGACGACAAGCAGCGGAGGCUGCCGGAGGUGCAGGCACGCCAGGGGAGCAUGGCCAACACCAGCACCCUGCACAGGCUCAUGCACACCUUCGAGCAGGACAUCCAGCUGCUGGUCACACAGGUGAGGCAGCUGCAGGAGAGCGCCGCCCAGCUGCGGACGGUCUACGCCGGCGAGAAGGCCGAGGCCAUCGCCACCAAGGAGCAGGAAGUGAUGCAUAACUGGAAGGACCUGCUGAGUUCCUGCGAGGAGUGCCGGGUGCAGAUCACCACGGUAACAGACAAGCUGCGCUUCUUUGGCAUCGUGCGCGACCUGAUCAUGUGGAUGGAGAGCAUCAUCUGCCAGAUCGGGACCGGGGAGAAGCCCAGAGACGUGUCCUCCGUGGAGGUGCUGAUGAACUACCACCAGAGCCUGAAGAGCGAGAUCGAGGCGCGCAGCCGCAGCCUGUUCCAGUGUGUGGAGCUGGGCAAGACCCUGCUGGCCGCCCGCAACCCCGCGGCCGAGGAGAUAAAAGACAAGCUGGACAGGGUCAUAGCCAAGCAGAAGGAGCUUACCCAGAAAUGGGACCGGCACUGGGAGGAGCUACAGCACAUGCUGGAGGUGCACCAGUUUGCCCAGGAGGCUGUGGUGGCGGAGGCCUGGCUCACGGCCCAGGAGCCACUCAUCAGCAGCAAAGAGCUGGGCGCCAGCGUGGACGAGGUGGAGCAGCUGAUCCGCCGGCACGAGGCCUUCCGCAAGGCCGCCGCCACGUGGGAGGAGCGCUUCAGCUCCCUGCGCCGGCUCACUAGUGUGGAGAAGUUGAAGGCCGAGCAGAGCAAGCUCCCUCCGACGCCGCUGUUGGGGCGGAAGGUGUUUUUGGACCCUCAGGAGACGUCCCCCGCCCGGAGCACCGCCUCCUCCCUGCUGCGGCAGACCAUCUACGAGCAGCCCGAGCCCGCUAUGGAGAAGCACCUCCUGGAGCCGCCCUCAUCGUCCGUGUCCAGGAGGCUGGGCUCCAUGGUCGCCAACUACACGCCCGUCAUGAACGGCUCCAGCUACCGCGGCCUGGAGGCGCGAGCGGGCGGGGCCGGGGUGGGGGCCAUGGUCGGAAGCGGGGUGGGGGCCGCGGUCAGGAGCGGGAUGGGGGCCGCGGUCGAGAGCGGGGUGGGGGCCACAGUGGGGGCCGUGGUGGGGAGCGGCGUGACAGCUUUGGAGGCGAAGGUGGCCUACGUGAGACAGGACCUGAAGCCUGAACGCCUGCAGCCCAAGAUUGACCACAUCCACGAGGCGGUGCGCCCCCUGCUGGAGAUGGAGAGGGAGCGGGACAGAGACAGAGAGAGGGACAGAGGGAGGGAGAGGGAGAGGGAGGGAGAGAGAGACAGAGGGAGGGAGAGGGAGGGAGAGAGAGACAGAGGGAGGGAGAGGGAGAGGGAGAGGGAGGUGGUGGCCCCGCCGGCGGUGGUGGUAGCCGAGGUGGUGACCAGGGACCGGGAUCUGCUGAACGGCGAGCCGCCGCAGGGCCGCCGGGGCAGCCGCUCGGACCCGCGCGGGAGCCGCUCGGACCCGCAGAUGGACCACUACCGGCGGCUGGAGCGGGACGCGUCCAGCGAGCUGGAGAUCCAGGCCCGGCGGGACGAGCUGCCGCAGGAGGUGUGGCGGGAGCGGCGCGAGCGGCGGCUGGAGCGCCAGACCUCCAGCGAGCAGGAGGGCCCCGCCCUCGAGAGCCGGCGGAGAGAGCGCCACCGGCUGGACCGGCAGGAGUCCAGCGAGCAGGAGACCGCCCGGGAGCAGUCCGACAAGCGGUCCGGCGGCGGGGAGAAGAGGUCCACCAUGGCGGAAAUCGUGGAGCAGCUGCAGGAGAGAGAGGCUGCGCAGGUGAGUGUGGGGUAUCAGCGCAGGUGAGUGUGGGGUAGCAGCGCAGGUGAGUGUGGGGUAUCAGCGCAGGUAAAUGUGGGGUAGCAGCG